CGCGUUUCUCCGCGCGGACGUCUGUUCCCGGAGGGGCAGAAAAUCCAGUCUAGCGAGCGCGCGCGACCUUUGCUAGCCUGCAGGUGUAGCAGGUGAUAAUAAUUUUCCGCGAACCGAUACCGUUAUAUCGGAAGAUAUAGACGGUGAACAUAAUGUAUGAUGAACGAAUGUGAAAUAAAACAUUUCGUCGUAACUCGAUGAUAAAUUUUCCAAUCCCUAAUAACGUCUCAUCUCACAACCGCGAUCACGAUACAUUGCAAUUUCCACGUGGUGAUUCGCUCUGACGAGGGGUGGAAAUUUCUCUCCGGAUAUCUUCCAGUGCGAGAAACGAGUGUCAAGUUUACGGUCACGUGAUAAAUUCAUGUAAACCGUAGCCAUCUGCAGCUGUAAAGAAUUUUUUAGACGAGGAGAACCACCUAUCGCAAGUGAAGUGACGUAUACCUGUACAUCGUUUAGCGCGUUGAUCGCUGGUUAAUUUCGAAUAUGUUAUGAACAUUUCAUCGGGUGAUACGUAUCAAGUUUCGUCGAUUGUAAUGAGAGUACAGAUCUACCCCACGGUUCGUUCAAUUUAAAUGAACAGUUGUCCCCAACUACGCGUGAAUCGCAGUGCGUGUGCGUAAUCAAAAAUACUUCACCGUUAUCAAAGGGGUGAUCGAGAGAAGGAAGAAAAAUAUGUCAGUGCAUCGAUCAUCGCCGUUGAAUAUUUCGUGCCACGAUGAUAGACGAGGAUUUUAUCGGUGCUCCGGUCAAAUGUUACGUGAAUACGGCGCGUAACCGACGUGAAUAUAACGACGAUAAUUUAUAAGCUCACACACUUGAAUAUCGCACUUGAAAUAACGGUGCGGAUAUAGUGGGGUAACAUUGGAGUGGCAACUAGUGGUCGAAAUGUCCGACAAGGACUUUGGUUUGUUCGGUUGAGCGUGUUGAACGCAGCACCCGGUGCACCAGCACGUAGCAGCUGCAGCUACGAAUGGGCUCCAAAUGAACGAGGACUGGUUUAAAAGUCUGAAAAAAGUAUGGCCGUCUUAAGGGUGGCUUUCGCGCUACUUGGGGCGACGGCCUACAUCUUUCACGCAGAACCAUCCAGUUCCGGUGCGAGUGCCAUAGCUGGAACCGGCCCACCAAACGUUCUUGGCUGUAGUCAAAAGCUGAAACGUUCAGUUGAGAAAACUUACUUCGUGGACGUGUCUCCUAGAAACGUGACGGCCAUUGUGGGCCAGCCCGUAGUAUUACGUUGUCGUGUUAAGCAUCCCGGCGAGCGUACGGUAUCCUGGAUGCGCAAACGAGAUCUUCAUAUUUUGACCUCCUCGAUUUACACUUACACCGGUGACGCUAGGUUCGCCGUUAUUCACCCCGAAGCCUCCGACGACUGGGACCUUGAAAUAGAAUACGUUCAGCCAAGAGAUGCUGGGAUUUACGAGUGUCAGGUGAACAGUGAACCGAAGAUCCACUUGGCCAUUAUGCUCAACGUUCAAGAUGCCCAAGCGAAAAUUUGGGGUCCCGAAGAGGUUUACGUGAAGAAAGGAAGCACCAUCAGCUUGACCUGCAUCGUCAAUAUUCAGAGCGCUCCACCGAGCAGUGUCACGUGGUAUCAUGCCGGGGCCGUGGUGGACUUUGACGGCCCUAGGGGUGGAGUUUCUUUGGUCACCGAGAAGACGGAGACGGGUACAACCAGCAAACUUCUAGUGACCAGAGCGGAAUUGUCCGACAGUGGUAACUACUCCUGUGUCCCAAAGAACGCAGCCCCCGCCAGCGUCAUCGUUCACGUUCUGAAUGGUGAGCAUCCGGCGGCCAUGCAGCACGGCGGAAGCUGUGGAAUCACACCUAAACUUCUGCUAGCAUUGUUUACACUCUUCAUAGGAAACAUGCUGAGAUGAACUCUCCCGCGUUGAAUUAACCGUUAUCAUUUCGACCGUCUGGUUGAGAACGAAACUAAUUGGCAUCCAAUCGACUAAAACCGAGGUCACGUGGUGAUUUCGAGUGUGUAUAGUGUACCAUAUUGUGAUCAGAUUUGUUGUGUUUAACGGUAAAUAACGUGAAUGAAAUCGGCGCACGACAAAGUAAACAACACUCCGAUGAGACACUAAUGAACAAUUGCAAAUAAAUAAGUGAAUUAAAUGUUGAUCGUGAGGGUUGAAAAAUAUUAGGCAAUCAAAAGUGGAUGUGCCGGCAAGCGUGAUGCGAGUGUCACGUUUAAAUGAAAUUCAAUAAUAAGAAACCAAAAAUCAAAAAAUCAGAAAAAACAAAAAAAAAAAACCACAGACUCGAACUAUAAAUGUA